AUGCGUAUUUGUUUAAAAUAUGGUAUUGAUCCAAAUGUCGGUGGUAUUAAUCCAAAUAGUAGUCGACGUAUAUCAUCACAUAGUCAUAGUCAAAGUGAAAUAAAUAAUGAUUUACCUCGUGCAUCACCUUCUCGUAAUGGUAGAUUAGAUUAUAAUAAUUAUUAUACAACUGAACGUUUAUUUACAUUACCACCAUUAUUUUUGGCUGCUCAACGUAAUAAUCAUUAUGCUUGUUUACUUUUACUUAAAUAUGGUGGAAAUGUAAAUAUACGUGAUGAACAAAAUUCAAGUCCAUUACAUAUAGCUGCACGUUUACAACAUAAUGUAUCUGAAAUAUUAAUAUAUAAUCAUGCAUCAAUAACAAUAGAAAAUAAAUAUGGUGAUACACCAUUAUUAUUAUGGCCAAUUAUAAAACAAAUUCAAACAAGAUUUGUUGAUAGAGAAUUUCGUAAAUUAUGUCGUAAAUGUUCAUCAAAUUCCAAACGUUAUCGUUUUUUAACACGUGAUAAUGAUCAAUAUGAAAGAGGAAUAUCAUUAAUUAAUAAUAAUAAUUCAAUAAAUAAUGGUUUAGGAACAGGAAAUGGUUUUAAAAAUUUCAAACGUGUUUUUCGUCAUAGUGGAACUGAUUCAUAUGAUUCAAAAUCAUUUAAAAAAAGUUUUUCAUCACAAGGUUCAAUUGGAAAAUCUCGACGUAUUAUUACAAAUAAUAGUCAACAUAAUAUACAACCUAAUUCAAUAAUUAGAACUGAUUCAAGACAAAUUUCCGAAGAACAUGAUCAUUUAGAUUUUACAUAUUUUAAUAAACAUUCACAUAUUAAACGAAAAGUAAGUUUAUUUUGUUUUUUUUUAUCAAUAUUUUACAUAUCGAUUUUAUUUUUCAAAUUAAAUCACUAAUUAUUAAUAAAAGAUUUUAUUUAAGAUAAAUAUAAUAUUAACAAAAUUUUUCAUAUUUUAUAUUUUUAAACAAAACUCGAAUAAUUAAAAUAUUUGUUAUUAAAUCGUUUGAAAUAAUUAUCUCAAAAAUAAUAUUCAAUAGAUUUAUUUUAAAUAUCAUUAAUUAAUAAAUCAUUUAUUUAUCUUUUUUAUUAUCAAUUUAUUUAACAUAAUAACAAAUAGAAAUAUUUAUAGAAUCACAUUUUUAAUUUCAUUUUUCUUUUCUUCACUUACAAAUAGA